UUCAAAAAGAUCUUAAUUGCAUUUUUUCCUUUAAAUAUAUUACAUUUUGGUUUUAAAUAAAUAAAUGUAAUUAUUCUCAGUUAGGUCGACUGAAGUGCACUGUUCUCUGUGUUUAAAUUAUAACUUUUUUUAAUUUCAGAAUAUUGUAUGUUUAUUUUGGAUUGCAGCCAAUUCUAAUUACUUUGGCAUUGUAUUGACACUGCAGUUCACUUGAUUCAAACUAAUUCUAAAUCUUUACAUUUGUUUUUAUAAAGAUACAGUAGUUUAUUUAACAAGUGUUGUGCUGUGUACAGAUAGAUUUAUUUUCUCAUUUUUUGUAAAGCAUGUCGUGUGGGUGUUCCGUUUUUGGCCGUGUCACGUGGGUGUGCCACGCCUCCGCUGCAGCGCGGGAGGGUUUCCCCAGAUUCGUGUUAAUACGAAAGACACGUGUUACUCAGCAGAACGGCGGUGCUUUUUCACUACCUCUAGAAUCAACUCCGAGCUGAUCCAUUGAAUGCACCCAUUUUUACAUUUAAAAUACUUGAAGCCGCAACGUGGAAGCAACCAUGGACGACAAGAACUACUUUCUAUGUAAGGCAAAAGUCUACGAGCAAACGGAGAGAUGGGAUGAUAUGGCGGAGUCCAUGGUGAAAGUUGCAGAAUUCAAACACGGCUUGACAACUGAAGAGAGGGAUCUUUUUUCGGUAGCUUUCAAGAACAGCAUUGGACCCAAAAGAUCUGCCUUGAAGAUAAUCAGCGGUAUUGGAGAUAAAACGGACACUCCAGAAAAACUAGAUAUUAUUCAAGAGCUCAAAGACAAGGUGGCCCAGGAAGUGAGGGAUAUCUGCAACAAUGUUCAGAAUGAAAUUGACCAAACAUUAUUCCAGUUGAGCAACAUGUGGGAAAAAUACAGUGUUCAUCUGUCAGCAUGCUGGUCAGCAGAUGUCAGUGUGACCCUGUCAAUCCCCCUGCUCAGGAAGGGCGAUUACUACCAGUACCUGGUUGAGGUUACCACGGAUGACAUCAGCAAGAAACAAGCAAUGGAAAAAUGCCAGAAACAAUACCAAGUUGCGUUUGACAUCGCUUUGGACAAUUUGUCACCAAUUCACCCACUCCGUCUGGCAUUGGCUCUUAACGUUUCCCUGUUCUACUACGAAAUCCUCAAUUUACCAGAGAGGGCUUGCGGACUGGCGGAAACUGCGUUCAACGCUGCAAUUGCUGAAGUGGACGAUAAACGUGAAGACUAUUGUAAGGAUAGCACAGCUAUCAUGCAGCAGCUACGUGACAACUUAACGCUGUGGGGCUCACAGGACUACUAGAAGCUGACAAGGCAAACUAAACGUGGAAGAUCUGAAAGUGACAUGAGACGAGUCGCCUUUCCCUUCCUCCUCCUGUCCGUUGUCCUCCUCAUCUGGGAACAGCAGCAAGUAUGGAAUAACUGGUUGUGUUCCCAUCAUGUCUUUUAUAGCUUUUCUUGUAUAUAUGUAAUCUUGGGUCUUAACUUCCAUUCCAAGGUAACCCGGUGGUUAAUUUUCUCUUUUCCUUCUCAAGAUAUUUUUUAUAAGUAAAACAACAAAAUUUGUGUGUAGUGAACGACACUUUACUACACUUUACACAACCUUUUUUUUCCCAUUUUCCAAAAAGUUCAAACCCACCCUUGUCCUACACAGAGGCUCAGGCCAAAUAAUGUGCUUUUGCUAAAGGCAAUAAGUAAUUGAUCAUUUGAUUUGUACUACUGGCACAGUAUGGAAUUACAAAUAAUCUUCAAAUUAAGGAAAUAAAUUAGUACAAACUGCUAGUAUGUGUUAAGUCCAAAAAUGCAUCAAAAUUUCCAAAAAUAUGCAAACCUGUAUAAUUUGUGUCAAACAUACAAAAAACAGCUUUUUUUACUUUAUCAAAAAUUUGAC